AUGCGUACCAUCGGUGCGACUGCUUGCAUCGAAGUCGCAGGCUUGUUGCAUGUGGACCUCAUGGACUCGAAGAGAUGUGCCCAGCAAGCUCCUCAUCAUGCGCUACCAGACCGCCGUUCUUGUAGCUACUGUCUGUCUAGUGAUGGCCGUUCACUAUCCAUCGGCCUAGGCAGAGAGAAGUUGUCGAGAGCAUUGUGGUACAAGGAUUCUGAAAUGUCGUCAGCCGCUACUUCAACUGGUCCGAACCCAGCAGACCGCCAACGGCAACUUCUAACAGUAGCAGAAGUGCUACGUUCCUGUCUUGUUUGCACACGAACAUUGGGGCUGGUCCAGGAAAAUGCUCUUUCUGAUGAUGUCACAGUGUAUGUGAUAGAUGAUUGCGACACACGUCGUGUGGUAGUCGAGACUUUCAAGAUCGAGUUUUAA